AUGGACUUCUUCAACCAGACCUACCUUGCUGCGGAGCUACCACCUUCACUUGCACCUGCGCUAUUCGUAGUGUCUGAUCUGCUCGAUGCGCCGGUCAAGCUCGGAGUGACAACUGCCAUUACAGCUUUGGUCAGCUUCCUCGCCUAUCAAGCAUACAGACCAUCCGUGGACAAACGUUCUCCCGCGUUCACUUCUGAUACGCUUCCGAUCAUCGGCUCGUUUGGUUUCGUCACUCGUCAAUGGUCGUUUUGGAAGAAUGCUGUCAAGGAAUCCCGAACGGGAAACUUCAGUUUCUGGCAGGGUAAGCGACACCUGAUCGGAAUCUCUGGUCGCAAUGCUCGCAUCAUGCUCCUCGAUCAUCCUCAGCUCUGCUUCAUUUCCGGCCAGUCUUUGUUGGCAUUUGGACUCCACUUCUGGCCUCCAAUCCACAAGGCGUUUCACGGCACCGGGGAACGAAACAGCAGCUACUUCCUCAAGACACUUCUACCAUUGCUCAAGACCGCUCGUCUGGAGCGCGUCUUCAAAGGGGCUAUGGAGGAUGCUAGCACAGACUUCAAGAAGCUGACGACCACCCAUCCCAAUGGAGUUAUCAACGCACCGACCUUGUGGCGAACUGUAUUCAGACAGAACGCUCGUCUCUUCAUUUCGGAUGAUUUUGUCCAUGAUCAGGCACUGUUCAAGAAGAUCUCGGAUCACCUGGACGUUCUCUUGCACUCUUACAGCCCCUUCUACGCCUUUUUGAGAUGGAUUCCGGAGCCCAGCAUGAUCAGGCGUCGUAUUGCCCGUCAAGGUAUCCGCAAGAUUAUCCAGAACCUUAUUGCAGACCGCAAGAAGAACGGCACCAAGUACAAGGAUGAUCCUCUAGCUAUGAUGAUGGCCAACGGAGACGACGAGGAGAACAUCACUGAGUUCUGCACCAGCGCCACCUUCAUCACGUCCACCAACGCCCACGUCAUCUUCCCUCAACUGAUCGAAACCAUGGCCGUUCAUCCAGACUGGCAGGAGAAGUGUUAUCGGGAGAUCGUCGCCGCUGCAAACAUCUACAACAAAGACACAUCUCUGCCUCUGAUCGACAGAAUACAGUCGAUUCCCAUGAGAGCAUGGGAAACUUCUUUCCCCAAUCUCGAGAUGUGCAUGUACGAAAUCAUUCGCGUUUGGACCUCUUUCGCCGCAGGACGCCUAAAUAUCUCAGGAAAAGCAAUUCCUAUUCCAGACUCCAACGAGGUCAUCCCUCCUGGCGCCUUUGCAAUCUGGAAUUCCACCGAGCUCAACUUCAACGAGGAACUCUUCCCAACCCCACACAAGUUCGACCCAGAGCGCUUCAAGGAAGGACGCCGAGAAUUCGAAAAGGAACCUUAUGGCUUCUUUGGAUGGGGAGCCGGACAGCAUCCAUGUGCAGGCAAGAGAUGGGGCAAGCUGCAACAAACCAUCCUUGUCGCCCACGCGCUCGCUCUUUACAAAUGGUCCAGCUGUGACGAGAACGGUAACAAGGACCCGCACGCCGCUCAGAGACAGGAUCUCGGUGUGGAAUUGGAUUCUGAGGCGAAAUUCGCUCUGCCUGCCGCUUACUGCAAAUUUGAGCCCAGACAGCCGCUCUGA